CUUUAAUCUGCUGACAUUUGGACACUUACAGAUCUAAGGGUCAUUAAUUGUUCAACCAAAAAAGCCUCUUAAACCAUGGUUAAACGCAGAUAAAAGAAAAUCCUAAAAUCCCGCUUCAAAAUUUUCGGAGCUGGUUGCAAGAUAUCCGACAAAAUAGCUGUAGGAAUUUCCUUCUUGUUGGGAAAAAGAUUUUCUUACCAUGGAAAUUAUAUGCUCAAGAGAGGGACGAUGUAAGACUCAGCAAACAGAGAAAAUUAAAUCAUUUGCAAGGCACAACAACAAAAGAUCCGAAAGAAAAAGAAAAUCAGUUGAUGAACAAUUCUUUUUCUUGAGAAGAAGUGACGACACAAAUACAGAUUUAUGGAGAUUGGAUCUAGUCAGUCUCAAAGUGGAUGUAAUGUGCUCAUAAAACUUGGGAUGGAAUUUGAGUCAGAUGAGCAUGCAUAUGAAUAUUACAAUAAAUACGCUGGUGUAAUUGGUUUUAGCGUAAGGAGAGAAUAUGCUAACAAAAAUAAAGUCCGAGGGUACGUGACUUCAAGAAAAUUGGUAUGUUAUAAAGAAGGUUAUAGAGAUAAACACAAACGAGAUACGAUGGUUCAAAAACAUAGAAAUGAAACUAGGACGGGGUGCUUAGCUCAUUUUAGUGUUAGUCGUCAAUCAAAUGGAAUGUUUCGCAUCACUUCAUUUGAAGAGAAACAUAAUCAUCCUCUUGUUCCUUCUUCUUUGGCUCAUAUGUUACCCUCACAAAGAAAGAUAAAAGUUGCUCAAGCAUAUGAAAUUGACUUAUUAGAUGAUUCAGGAAUAUGCCCUAAAGCUUCAUUUGAUUAUGCUGCUCGUCAAGUUGGAGGACAAUCUUUUCUAGGUUACACAAGGAGAGAUCAGAAGAAUUAUCUUCGGGAUAAAAGAAAAGAUAGUUUGAAACAUGGGGUGGCUCGUAGUUUGGUUGAUUAUUUUGAGAAACAAAUACUAGAAGAUCCUGCUUUUCGGUAUUCUUUAGAUCUAGAUGACGAUGGUUUGAUAACUAAUGUAUUAUGGGCUGAUGGAAAGAUGAUAAGAGAUUUUAAGAUUUAUGGAGAUGUUGUGUCCUUUGAUACAACAUAUAGAACAAAUAAAGAGUAUCGACCCUUGGCGUUGUUUGUUGGUUUAAAUAACCAUAGGGAAAUGGUUAUAUUUGGUGCAGCCCUUCUAUACGAAGAGUCAACUGAAUCAUUUGUAUGGCUUUUUAAUGCAUUCUUUAAGAUUAUGUCUGCGGAUAAACCACAAACAUUUUUCACUGAUCAAGAUCCCGCUAUAUCUGCUGCUAUAUCAUUUGUAAUGCCCAAAACAUAUCAUCGCCUUUGUGUAUGGCACUUGGAAAAGAAUGCAUUUAAACAUCUUAAUCAUAUCUUUAGAGCUAAUGAAUCAUUUCCAAGAGAUUUUAGCAAAUUGCUUUAUGAUUAUGAGUAUGAGGAGGAUUUUUUAAGUGCAUGGCAGGAAAUGCUUGAGAAAUAUGACCUUGAGGAUAAUAGUUGGUUGAAAAACACAUUUGUUGUAAGAGAGAAAUGGUCCAUGACAUACGGAAGACAUACAUUCUCAGCAGGUAUGCGAAGUACACAAUUAAGUGAGAGUUUUAAUGGAUCUUUAAGGGGAUAUUUAAAAUCUGAUUUGGAUAUUGUUCAAUUUUUUAAGCAUUUUCAAAGAUCAGUUGAUGAUAAGCGUGCCAAUGAGAAUAAGUCAAAUUUUGACAUGACUCAAAGAAUACCUAUUUUAAAGGUUAAACUUCCUUUAUUGAUUCAUGCUAGGGAAGUAUACACCCCAACUAUAUUUGAUAUGUUCCAAAAUGAAUGGGAAAGAUCACUACUGGUUUCCAUAAAGGACUCUUAUAGUGAAGGAGAAUUAUGUACCUAUAAUGUUAGCACUCUUGGAAGUGUUAAGGAGCAUGCUGUAACUGUUAAGCAAUCAGUAACUCAAGUUUCUUGUAGCUGCAAAUUGUUUGAAUUUUUGGGUAUACUAUGUAGACAUGCUUUAAAGAUUCUGGAUUUACUAAAUGUGAAGGAUAUGAUUCCGGUACAUUAUAUAUUAAAGCGGUGGACAAAAGAUGCUUCUAACAUGAACGAGGUAGAUAUCGAUCUAGUAGAAAAAGAUAGUGAUCCAAAAGUUGAAGUUACUGCAAGGUACAGACAUUUAUGCCAUACUUUUGUUCAAAUUUCAAGUGAAGCUUCAGAAUCCAUAGAAGGGUAUGAAUUGGCCGCAAAAGGUGCGAAUGAGAUAAUUGCCAAGUUAAAGGAUAUCAAGAAGAGAAAUGAAUCGCCUGAAAAGUUGGCUCCAAGCAAGAGUAUUCAGAACGAACCGAGUGAAAUAAUAUUUAUUGACAACACAAAUGUCACAAAGGUGACCGGGUUAAAAAGAAAGGAACCAACUCGUCGCUCUAAUACUCGGCCAAAGAGUUUUACGGAAAAGUCCAAGAAGAAAGGUAGGACUUCGUUGCCAAAAUCUCUUCAAUGCCAAACUAAGCAGCAGUUAGAUCACCUUCCCUGUCUUCAAGUCCCAUGUACACCUUUAUCAGAUACAUCAAAUGAUAUGGGUGUGACAGAAGGAAGUUUUCCUCCAUUGUGCCCUCCACAGUUGUCUCAAGGGUCAUCUAAUGGAAGUUUGACUCAACUCUUAAGAGUUAGUGAACAAUUUUUUAAUACUUCACAUACGUAUAUAUUUUUCUAAUAAGUACUAUUAUUUAUCACAAACUGUCUUUUUAUAUCUAUUGCAGGAUGUUUCAUUUCAUGAUUUAAACAAGUAUUCUCAACAUUGAUUAUGGCAAAUUCGUGAACGCAGAGGUUACAUGGUGAUCGUGUCCGGCAUAGUAGCUUGUUUCCGUUCAUAGGUUUUUUACUAGUGUGCAAUUGACAUUCGCCAAUGUGAAUUGAGCCUUUUUUUUUUUUCAUGUCAAGGUUGUAACCCACCUGUGGAUGUUGGAAUUUGUUUGUCCCUUAUAGAAGUAUGUUUUGAGUUUACUCUUCUCAAUUCCAAUUUCCCUUAUAUCGAAGAUCUGAACAAUCUUCAACUUUGAAACUACAAUAAAAUAAUGUUUUUGAUGCUUAUUUGGUUGUGCAACUGCAUUGAAUCAUUUGUUGCAUGAUAUUUACCCUGUUUUUUGGUAGCAAGAGAAAAGGCAAUUGCCAAUGUAAUCAAGACAAAUAUAUUUGGAAAGAGAAAGGUGCUUCGUGUGCUUGGAUUUCAUCAGCAAGACUAGUUUGGGAUUUUUAUUUCAUGGGAAUUCUGACUGCAAAUACAGUUGAAAUGAAACAAGGUGAUAGAAUUCUAGA